ACUGAUUUAUAAAGCCCCGAAUCGCUCCGUCUCCUUCCACCUUCAGCCAUUUUAACCAUGUUAGGAGCUGUGGGACGCUGUUGCACCGGGGCUUUGCAGGCUCUCAAGCCUGGGGUCCAGCCCCUGAAGGCCCUCGUCGGAUCCCCAGCCGUCCUUGCUCGCAGAGACUAUGCUGCUGCUCCUGCGGCUGCUGCAAGCGUCGCCACCGGCCGCAUCGUGGCUGUCAUCGGCGCCGUGGUCGAUGUCCAGUUCGAUGAGGGCCUCCCUCCCAUCCUGAACGCCCUAGAGGUCGCCGGCCGCGACUCCAGGCUAGUCCUGGAGGUGGCUCAGCAUCUUGGGGAGAGCACAGUGCGAACCAUCGCUAUGGAUGGUACUGAGGGUCUGGUUCGUGGACAGAAGGUUCUGGAUACUGGUGCCCCCAUCAGAAUCCCAGUUGGCCCCGAGACCCUGGGCAGGAUUAUGAAUGUGAUCGGAGAGCCAAUUGAUGAAAGGGGUCCCAUUACUACCAAACAGACUGCACCUAUCCAUGCUGAGGCUCCUGAAUUUACAGACAUGAGCGUGGAGCAGGAGAUCCUGGUGACUGGCAUUAAGGUGGUGGAUCUGCUGGCCCCUUAUGCCAAGGGAGGAAAAAUCGGCCUGUUCGGUGGCGCCGGCGUAGGAAAGACUGUGUUGAUCAUGGAGCUGAUCAACAAUGUGGCCAAGGCCCACGGUGGUUACUCCGUGUUCGCCGGUGUGGGGGAGCGUACCCGUGAGGGAAAUGACUUGUAUCACGAGAUGAUUGAGUCUGGUGUCAUCAACCUGAAGGACACCACCUCCAAGGUGGCGCUGGUGUACGGACAGAUGAACGAGCCCCCAGGUGCCCGUGCCCGAGUGGCUUUGACUGGACUGACUGUGGCCGAGUACUUCCGUGACCAGGAGGGUCAGGAUGUGCUGCUUUUCAUCGACAACAUCUUCCGCUUCACACAGGCUGGCUCAGAGGUGUCUGCCCUGCUGGGUCGUAUCCCCUCUGCUGUGGGUUAUCAGCCCACUCUGGCCACUGACAUGGGUACCAUGCAGGAGAGGAUCACCACCACCAAGAAGGGUUCAAUCACAUCUGUGCAGGCCAUCUACGUGCCUGCUGAUGACUUGACUGACCCCGCUCCAGCCACCACCUUCGCUCACUUGGAUGCCACCACUGUAUUGUCCCGUGCCAUCGCAGAGUUGGGCAUCUACCCCGCUGUCGACCCCCUGGACUCCACCUCCCGUAUCAUGGAUCCCAACAUUGUAGGAGCCGAGCAUUACGACGUCGCCCGUGGUGUGCAGAAGAUCCUCCAGGACUACAAGUCCCUUCAGGACAUCAUCGCCAUCCUGGGUAUGGAUGAGCUGUCUGAGGAAGACAAACUGACUGUGGCCCGCGCACGUAAGAUCCAGCGUUUCCUGUCCCAGCCCUUCCAGGUGGCCGAGGUCUUCACAGGUCACUUGGGCAAACUGGUGCCCCUCAAAGAAACCAUCAAGGGCUUCAAGAGCAUCCUUGGAGGAGAGUAUGAUCAUCUGCCUGAGCAGGCCUUCUACAUGGUUGGUCCCAUUGAGGAAGUGGUCCAGAAAGCUGAGAAGCUGGCUGAGGAGCACUCAUAAACACCUAAACAUUCUGAUUAGAGAGGGGGAGGGUCCUGUGGUUAGGAGCACUUGGUUUGUAAAACAUGUCAACAUACAAAUGUACCUGUCUUGUCAUCCUGAAGAAAGUUCUAUUUAAUGUUUCCAGAGAAAGAUGGAAUAAAUCGCUGUCUUUACACAAA